UAUCGACUAUGGAAUACUCUUUUUUUAUUUAGAGAAGGUUUUCUUGACUCGAUAUUGAUUAUCUUAAACUUUCAAGAUUACUAAGAUUGUCACUUCUCCUUCCAUCGUCAAAUUACUAGUCCUAGUUUGUACGAUGGUCCCUGACAAUUUAUUUCUGAUUUAUAUAUUGACUAAAUGAAUAUAUCAAAUACUUUCGCUCGUCAACUAAGUAGAACAGGCAACACUGACAUGUUAUGCUGGUAGCCUGUAUCUCAAGCCUAUCUUCAGAAAAUUUUGAUUACGCGUAGGAACAAAAUUUUCCCAAUUUAGAAAAUCCUCACAAUGUGCAUCAAAAUAAGGGGAUCACAAGUAAAAGAGAAAAUCAGCAGCAGCUGUGGAAUUUGAGAGGCUUGGAUGGCUGAAACACGAGGGAACGAUGCCAGACAAGUGUUGAACCAAGGAAUUAUCCUAGUGUUGAGCUAUCUGAAAGAAACACCCGAUGUAACUCUCAAAAUAAUGUUUAGUAUUAAUUACUGAUCCUUCUAAUAUGAAAGCAAAUAUGAAAGCUAUCUAAUAUCUAAUAAAAAAUCUAUCUACUCUUGGAUAUUGUUUCAUCACAACAUAAAUUGGAAGGUUGCGUCGUCACAAAGGCCUACACUUUAUGGCUGACUGGAGUUAAUCGCGGUCAUUUGGUGUUAUGUCUGUAACCGCCAACUCUCUACUGCAUCAGUAGAUUGCUGAAAAACAUUGGAAGAUGUUUCCGUGAGGAACUUGGAAGAUUGUGAUCAGUGGCAUUCGGUUUUGUGACAGCUAAAAAACCCUCUAUACGUAAAAAGGCAAAUUUUAAACAUCGAAAAAAGUGGAAGUAAAAGGGAAAUCGAACAGCUGUUACCAGUUUACUCAAGAUUCAAAAUCUCACCCAGAUCGUCUUGGUAAUACCCUAAGGAAAGUUAUAAAUAACGUUAUCGUCGGACAGAUUUGAUCUGGAUAUAGUGACUCCGCAGUUUUUCAACCGACUGUCUGUGUAGAGUUAUUUGAAGACAGAAACAGUUCUGAGAGAAGAUGUAUCCUCCUCUACCCCUGGCCAUUAAAUCAGUGCUUAUUGUGGAGGCUUCUCUGAUCGUCGCAUUCAACAGUAUAAUAUGGUUCCUUUUUUUAAAGCGUCGUCAUUUGCGAAACAAGUCUAAUUUUUUUAUUGCUUCAUUAUCAGCUUCGCACCUUCUCAUUGGGCUGUUUGCUGUGCCGUGCUAUGUAUCAUCCAGGAGAAGAACUAGAUCUUCAUUAACUUUGUGCACAGAAGUUUUCUAUUAUUUCCUUUGUUCUUCGAUUCUAAAUUUGUACUUGGUAACUUAUGAACGUUAUUUAUCGAUAAUGAAACCACUCUUCUACCAUCGGCGCAUGCGAACUACUUUUGUGGUAGGAGUAAUUAUUACUGCCUGGAUUUUUCCAAUUAUUCCUAUUACAAUUGACACAUUAUUCAGAACAAGAAUGAAAAUACAUCGUUUCUCCGUUGGAUACCUUAUCUAUCACUGGACACAAACACUUUUAUUCCUAACCAUCUUCAUUGUUCUCGCGGCGGUGAAUAUAGCCAUGUUUCGGGUCGCCAAAAGACAACUGCAGGCAAUACAGGCUGUGCAGUCCAUGAACUCCACAAUAGUUCGGCGACCAAGCGUUCAGUCUAGCAGACAGGAGAAAAGAACAACCUUUUUCUUUGUUUACAUUGUUACAAUAUUUCUGUUGUUCUGGCUUCCCAGGAUUGGAGGUGAAGUAUAUGAACUCGUCCAUCACAAAGUUUUGGAUCAUACUAAUCCUGACGUUAUAACUUUAUGUAUUGCUCUUCUUACUCCGAUAUUUGACCCACUCAUCUAUCUGUUUUUUAAAGCUGACUUUAAGAAGGCCAUGCGAAAAAUGCUUCGAGGGAGAAAUCAGCUUCAAGCUCGUGUUCAUCCAAAGAGGAAUACGUCAGGAACAAAAUGAUUUAAGAGUACUGGAGACAAAUGCAUUGUGGUCAGCUUGGGAACUUGACACUCCUUAAAAUUCCAAUAACAAAAUUAUAUAUUUUUUUUAUUGAUGUAUGAAGGAAAACAUUUCUACUACAUAUCUUUACAAUGCAGAGCUCCUUAAUUUUUAGCUCCCAAACGGGCAGAUCUGGACAGUGAAGAGUUUCGUGACAGGAAAUGGACCUUAUCAGUGUUGGGCGAAGUAAGCGUUUGGACCCAACUUAGGCCCAAAAUGAAAUGAACUGAGAAUUUAUCAGAAGAGCAAGUGUCAAGUGUUCAAUCCUUGUGAAGCAAAUGAACUGUGUCCUGUAAAGUCCACAAGACUUGAGGCACACUGAAUAGAGAGCUAUUGGCUUAAAUUAUUACUGUUUUAUCUGAGAAUAAUUUGGAAUUACAUGGGUGAAGUUAUCAGUAGUUGGAUGUAUGGCAGCCAAAUGUCGUUUAGAAACAUUUGACUAGUCAGAGGACUAAUUUUAUAGUGAUGCUAUUUCCACAAACCAAUAUCUGGUUAUGCAAAUAAAUGUCCUGAUCAAUCUUCGUGUCGGACAUCUUUAUAAAGCACGAAAGUUCUCAGGAUCUGGCUACAACCAAUGAUGUACUUCUUCAGUUGUGUUGAACGAUCUAAAAUGCCGACAGGCAAAGAAUAUUCUUGUUCAAUUAAUAUCUGCUAUCAAGAAAUGAGAUUUGCCUGAUUUUAAAUGGAUCAACCAUCAUUUUA